AUGCUCGUGUUCUGCCCCAAUUGCGCCAAUAUCCUCACUGUCUCGGCAGUUGGCUCGGUUCGCAACCGCCUCGAGUGUCGCACAUGCCCCUUUGAACACCCCAUCACAGCACCCAUCUACUCGCGCCGCGAGUUCGAGCGCAAGGAGCGCGAGGACGUCUUUGGCGGCCCGGGCGAGUGGGACAAUGCCGAUAAGGCGCGCGCGCAGUGCCCCAAGGAAGGAUGCAAUGGCGAUGAGGCGGCCUUCUUCCAGGUUCAGAUCCGGUCUGCGGAUGAGCCGAUGACAACGUUCUUCAAGUGCAUGGCCUGCGGCAACCGAUGGAGAGAGAAUUAG